CCAACCACAACAAAACCAAACCCGCAUUUGCUCCUCUUAGAAAAUUCUCAUUCUCCCCCAAAUUCCACUCUGAAAAUUCCCCAGAGAGAAAAAGAGAGAGAAACCAUGAACACGAUGCACUACGCGGAGGUGAGCACCACCGGCGCCGGCGGCAAGCUCGACGAGGUCGACAUCGAGUCCGGCGAGGUCUUGUACCCGGGCCUCAGCAAAGGCGAGAACCAGCUCCGUUGGGGUUUCAUCCGCAAGGUCUACGGCAUCUUAUCCGCUCAGCUUCUUCUCACCACCGCCAUCUCCUUCGUCACCGUCCUCUACACUCCCGUCAACGAUCUCCUCAAGGGCAGCCCCGGCCUUCUCAUGUUCUUCGCCUUCCUUCCUUUCGUCUUGUUGUGGCCCCUGCAUGUUUACCAGCAAAGGCAUCCCCUGAACUUUGUCUUCCUUGGACUUUUCACUGUGAGUCUCAGUGUCACUGUUGGUGUAGCGGUGGCGAAUACUGAUGGAGCAAUAGUGCUUGAAGCAUUGAUUCUAACCUCUGGUGUGGUUGCAUCCUUGACCGCUUACACCUUCUGGGCUUCGAAGAAGGGCAAGGACUUCAGCUUCCUUGGACCAGUCUUGUUCACUGGCCUCAUGGUUCUCCUGCUAACCAGCUUCAUGCAGAUGUUCUUCCCUCUUGGUCCUACAUCUAAUGCCGUUAUUGGUGGCGUGGGUGCUAUUAUUUUCUCUGGGUACAUAGUCUAUGAUACCGAGAACCUCAUCAAGCGGUUCACCUAUGAUGAGUACAUCUGGGCCUCCAUCACGCUUUAUCUGGACAUUCUGAACCUGUUCCUUACAAUCCUGCGGAUGCUGAGGUCGAGCGACAAUUAGUCUGGGCCAACCCAAACUCGCUGCAGUCUGGUUUUGGCAAAAAAACUCAUUGUGGACAUAGUAUAUGUAGUCCAAGGCUGAACAUACCAUUGUGGAUGUAGUAUAUGAUUUCUUUUCCACCCUUCUACUCUUAAUAGUUGUUUCGGCUGAGUUUGCUGUGGGAUGUCUUGGAAUUAAUGUGCUUGCAGCAAGGCAAUUAUGUUAACCGUUUUCUAA